CUUCAACGCCUUUCCUCCGCCCGCCUGUGGAAUCCUACAAACUCAACUCCCAGAGCUCCCUCCCACAAACGACGCCCUUCGAGUCCGAUUGCGGCCCCCGUCCCGCUGCAGCACCCGGCUUUCGAUCAGUCUACCGACACUGCCGACCCAAACGUCACCGGCGCUGGCGACUAUCCCCUGCUGACCCUCACCGAGCACAGACAGGUGCGGCAUUCUUCAUCGACACCCCUCAGCUUUCAGUUCGACCUAAAUACAACGGAUAACAAACGGAUAAGCUUGCCUGGAUCUGUCCGGGCUUCGUACGACGAGAGACGCUCACAAACCCUCUCCCCAACCCGGUUUGAUUUCCAGACGAGAGCUAGCGGCGAUUUCACUAGUGAAUCGCCGCCACCCACCAAUAAUCCCAAAGUUGACAAGGGAAAAGGCAUCAUGCUACCUGAAAAUGAGGAACCGAGGCGGUCCUACUCCAGAGACCUGGAGCGAGGACCUGAUAUAAUGGACCACCAUCGCUUCUCCAACGUAUCCAUUGGAGAUGGUAUAGGAUCCGCUCUUUCGUCAUCCAACUCGUCAAUCAUGGGCGAAGAGAUCCAGCCAGAUUUAGGAGAAUCAUGGGGACCGCAGCACCCUUGCUUCCCUCACUUAAACCCCCAUGUACCAGCAGACUCUGCGGAAUAUGCCAAAACGCGGAUAAUCCGAAUCCGUCGCGACUGGCUCCUCCAGGGUGAUCUCGCUCCCACCUUCUCGAAUCUCUACCCCGAGAUCCUGGAUCCCGCUGGGAUACCUGAGCCUGAAUUCCGGCGCAUCAUAGACAAGCUCAACAAGGAGCUGGUACCAGCCUUUGAUCCCUACAAUCCCCGAAACGUGCUUGACGCAUUCUUGGGCCUCGUUACUGGGUGGCUUUGGGAUGAUUUCGGUAUGACCGGCAUCAAAUCUCGAUUGAACCACUUGGAGGCGUGGAUAGAAAUGUGGAAUCGAGAAAAAGAGAAGACCACGCCCUCUGAAGAAGGUGUUCUCCCGCCGAAACUAAUUUCGCUCCGUCGCACGGGUUACAUGACUGUAAGUGGACCUCUCCUCUGCUCCUCUGUUUGCUCCGAGGUUUCUGGUCACCAAUGCUAA